AUGUCGUUGAUACCUCUCGUGUUAUCCGUCAUCGCUGGCAUCUGCACCACGCUUGUCGCUGCUCUCGGCAUCAACUUUCUCACAAAGCUGCUGCCCACUCGCUACCAUGCGGCUGAGAACCCCAAGGAUGACCACAUCCAGAUCCUGGUCCUCGGCGAUAUAGGCCGGAGCCCUCGCAUGCAGUACCAUGCCAUGAGCAUCAUGAAGCACGGCGGUAGAGUUGAUCUCGUUGGUUACAAGGAGACUGCCCGCCAUCCGGAUCUCGUUGGCAAUGAAAGAGUGGCUUUGUACCCAUUGCCACCUCUUCCUACCGUCUUCAAAUGGAACACCCUGCCGUUUCUCAUCAAUAAGCCGGCCAAAGUUGUCUGGCAAGCCUAUUCCAUCUUCUACGUUUUGGCAUAUACUGCACCCCCAGCUCGAUGGAUUAACCCUCCUUCUAUCCCGACGCUGCAUCUGGCUUUGCUCGUGUCCCUCCUGAGAGGAAGCCACCUGCUAAUUGACUGGCACAACUAUGGCUGGUCCAUCAUGGCCACCGGCCGCAGCCAGAAGAACCCUCUGGUAUGGCUCUACAAGAAGUAUGAGAUGUACUUUGGAAGGGUAGUCCCCACGGCCAACCUCACCGUCACCGACGCCAUGGCACGGCAGCUCAAGGAGAAGCCGUAUAGCAACAAGAAGCCCAUCUUCACCCUGCACGAUCGGCCAGCCGAAGUGUUCCAGCCCAUCGCAUCGACCAAAGCCCGGCAAGACUUUCUCUCGCAUCUCAAGGAGACCAAGGACGUUGCCGACAGUAUCAUCGCCGGGACCACUCGUCUCAUUGUCAGUAGCACAUCAUGGACCCCCGACGAGGAUUUCGGCCUGCUGCUGGACGCCUUGGUGGCCUACGCGCACCCCGAAGAGGCCGUCACAGAGACCGGCGUUGGCCGACCUCCGAUUCUGGCCAUCAUCACCGGCAAGGGCCCUCAGAAGGCCGAGUACGAGGAGAAGAUCAAGAACCUCCGCCUGGAGGGUAAGCUCCCCGGCAUCACCAUCUUGACUGCGUGGCUAUCAACCCGCGAGUACGCCACGCUGCUCUCAUGCGCCGACCUCGGUGUCUGCCUCCACAAAUCCAGCUCUGGUGUUGACUUACCUAUGAAGGUGGUUGACAUGUUUGGUUCGGGGCUACCUGUGGCUGCCUACUCGGCAUAUGAGAGCUUCGGCGAGCUGAUCAAGGAGGGUGAGAAUGGGUGCGGAUUUGAGACGGCUACUGAGCUGGCCGACGUUCUAAUCAGGCUUCUAAGUGAGAGCGGCAAGGACGAGCUGAAGACCUUGAAGGCGGGAGCCAUCAAGGAGGGAAGCUUACGCUGGGAUGAGGAGUGGGAUCGCGUCGUUGGGCGGAUCGUGGGCGUAAUUGAUAGCUGA